AUAUUGCUCUGGGCUGACUGGUUGGAUUAUGGAUGCACUUUACGAUUCACUUAGUAUCUGACAGUACUCGCUCCAAUACAUAGGGACCCACCCACUCACGAUGAAACUUUUUUCUUGCUUUGCAGACUCCUAUGCAAACUGAUCCGUACUGGUGCAAUGUGUGUGACGUGACGUUCACGAAUGAGAAGGCUAGUUACGAACAUGACAUAUCACUCGCCCAUCAUCAGCGAUACGAAGAGUCUCAAAAGGCUUGCGGUGGUCCAGUUCAGCAUUUUUGCUCUAUUUGCGACAUUGGGUUCAUUUCCAGUUUGAGGCAUUGGGAGCAGCACUCUUCCGGAAAACGACACCGCAUCAGAUUAAAAGAAUUUCAUCAGUUCUACUCGGGGCGCCUCGGAGGUGUUAAGCGACCUGCUGAGAAUCCGCAACCAGUGCAAAUUGCUAAGAAGAAGCCGUCGAAAUCGGAUAUCACGUUGAAUACGCUCGUUGUCAAAAAGGCCGCUGAGAGUCGAUCAGGACAGUUCAAUGCUUCCACCAGCGGCGAUACCGUCUCUUGCUCUAGUGUUUGCUCCAAAACGGAACCCACUUCAAUUACUGUGGUAUCCAACUCAGCGGCCAAAGGGAGCUCCAAGGAUGCAACCGCCGAUGUGCUAACAUCUGUUCCCUCAAUGAUUGCGAGAUCUUGUGAACCCUCGCCUUCCCCAGGCGGCCUAAUGCUUAACGCGCUUGAAGCUGUCAAUCCAGGUUCAGGGAGCGUUAUCCCUGUGGUCGUUGGGAAUGCGAAAGCACCCGCUUCUUCGAAGGGUCGCAUCUCACGGCCGCAACGCACUCCCGGUGGGACAAGAGGGCGACACAAUCACAUUAAGUGGGAUGGACGGAUGCGUAAGCACUCGGUGUGUGCAACUGAUACCUCGUUAACAACCUAUUCUUUUGAUGGGAUUCGGUCUUCUAACUCACUGCUGGGGUCACCUUCCAUGAACUCUUCCGUCGCAUCCCCUGUUCCGGCGGUUCAACCUCGCUCGACAGUUGAGUUGCAAAGCAUGCAGGAAGCACUGGACAUUUCACGCCAACUGGACACUUUGUGUACCCGGCAACAUGUUCUGCAGACUAAAAUUCGUCAGCUCCAGGAUGAAUUGAAUAAGGUUAGAUCCGAAAAACGCACCUUGAAAUUACGUAGAAUGUCAAUUCUUCGUGGUUUGGCUAAUUCUGAGUCGGAUGACGAGCCUACAGAUGACAGAGUCCCAUCUAAUCCGGAUACUCUGUCGACAUCAAUCACAUCCUCGGAGAAACAAGUAGCGUCUGUCGCUCCCGUGGCUUUCACAGGUCGUGCAAGUGGACCUACUGACCCGGUUAUCACUCCAUCCUCAUCCGCAAUUGCUGUGGCUGUAAACGCGCUGCUUCCCCCUCCACUUCCUCCUCCGUUAGCACCCGUUUCAAGUGGGAUUGCGGCACCGCAUACCGCAGUUUCAAUUUUGGGACCAAAGCCUUCUACGAUGGCUCCAUCUAGGGCAUCUGUUUCUGUCGACGCAUUGCACGUCGCACAAACGCUGCUUCCCGAGACAUCUGGACUUCUUCCCCAACCCGCAACUGACGCGUUGGACCUCCAACGCCUUGCACUGAUCCGACAAGCUUUGCAGUCACCGGAUUGUUGGCAAUUUACCUUUGAGGACGUUGAUCAAAUGCUAUUGCGUACAGCAGCUCGAGCCGCUGCAGCUGCUUCCUCCUCGGUGACCACUGCCAGUUCCGUUGAGUCUGAGACGUCCAUCCUUGGGAAGCAACCAUCAUCUGCAUCGACCGUUGAGCCGGCUUGUGCACCCGUUUCUGCUUCUGUUCAUUCAACUACUCCUUCACGAAUUCUCAUCAAAGGCGAACCUACCGACACCAGAACUGUUGAGGCUCCGCCUAAACCCAUUCCUUCUGGAAGCUUGUCAUGUCAGGUGUCUUGCAAACAAACCGGCUCUAAUCAUCCGCAGAAUCCGAAAGACUCAUCGUCAUCUGACUCAUCAGAUCAAGAGCCCAGUGCGCCAGAAGCUAAUAGGGUUAUAAAAUCAAUCAAACACGAUCCAUGUCAGUCCAUCGACCAGAUAACGGACCAACGAGCACCAAUCACUUUGCCUCUCAUCACACAGACAUCUUACCCGGAUGAUUCCGAUGUUAAUACACCGCAGUCACCUACCAUGAAGGGGCGCAUUAAGUACGGGGAAUUCCACGCAUUUGACGGAGGUCCUGCUGCCGUUAUCGACAUGGCUUUGCACAAUCCCACGUAUAGUGUGAUCAUUGGUGGUCAAAAUGGUUCACUGAGGCAGUACUCUCUGAAGUCACACCAACCCGUAAAGUCUUUCCCAUCUCGCGAUGCGAGCGUGACGUGCUUGAUCCUCGAGUCUCAGGGUCGGUCCCUCUAUGUUGGAUACUACGACAAUUGUUUUUCUGAGUACGACAUGCAGUCAGGAGUUAUGGCGUUUCAAAAGACACUGCCCAAUCGGGUCGAAGCGUUGACUUUGCUGCCUUCGCAAGACUCUCCUUUUAUUUAUUUGGGCAUGUCCAAUGGAGACAUACUCCGGCAUCAUGUGCCAAAUCGAACCACCUCCGUCCUCUACCAAAGUUCGAAGGUCCCGGUAUGUGGCAUCAGCUCCAUGGCAUCAGUCCGAUCUGGGUCACGUCUCAUCUUACUUGUCGGUGAGCGGGACUGUUCCCUCACAAUGCGGGCUGCGAGUGAUGGGAGCCUGAUUCAAUCUAUCACAUCCUCUCCUCACAAAGGCCCACCAGAAGGCAUCACUGUACUCCCAACUGGAUCAAAUUUCUGUUCCUAUUCCGAGAAGGCCUUACGCGUCCACAACUGGAAAUCCGGCGUCGGUGUGUUGACUGUUCAAACUCAGAAGAUUACUAGCUGCUGCGUUAUGGAACGGUUCAUUGCCAUCGGGGAUUCCGAAGGAAGUAUCCGUGUGUACAGGAUGCUAACCAACGGUCUUCCCGCAACCCGUCCAAUCAAAGUGUACUAUGCAAGCACUCAGGCUGCAAUCACUUCGAUGAUUUCAUGUGGUGUCGCGCUGGUCUCCGGCGGUUUGGAUGGCACGGUCACGGUUAUUUGGGUAACUGAGCCGGCUACCAAUUACACUUGCUUGUAUGGUCCAUUCGGACACACAUGCGGGAUCGGAUUUGGCAAUCGUAAAGAUCUCAUCACCCACGUGAUGAAUACUCACCUCAUCUUCGGCAAUCAGAAGUCUGUGGUGUGUCGAUGGGGUGGUGGCCGUUGUCGAACCAGGUUCGCUGAUACAAAGAGCAUAAAGGCAAUCAGCGAUCAUUUGUUGACUCACAUUCCGGAUUAAUGGAUGACACUCCCCAAUGGUGUCUCCACGUGUAUCUAUGCCGCAUUAAACUCGAAACGAAGACCAGAUUGUCCAUAGAAAUAAACACCAUCCUUUCUUAUAAUACAUUGUAUUUAUGUAUGUACAUCUGUGGACGUGGAUUGUUGUUUGCUGGAAUCUUUUCACCCGGUGAAAUUGGCCAUCCUUGCCAAAAUGUCCGAUUCAAAGGAGUCAAAGGUAGAGGAAUUCUGAAGUGGGAAAAGGUGGCGAUGAUGCUGAACUAUGCGAGUUACAAAUGAAAGCUGAAAUAUUCAUGAGUUGCGAACAAUUAUAACAGGCUUUUAAUAUCG